AUGCAGGGGCUCUGCUGGCAUGUGGCAGUGAAGAUGAGCCUGGGAUUUCUGUGUCUCUUUCUGGUUUUCAGCACAGCUUCGUGCCAAAGAAGAGAAAAUAAGAAAGAGAAGCAAUUGGCAGUGCUGGCUACUGCAGAGCUGCCUGCAAAGUCCCUGGACCUGGCUGCUAUUAACCUGACAGAGCUGGUGAACGGGAUGCUGAGCACUGCCCUCAGAGGUACCAAGAAACUCUUCUCUUUGCUGAGCAUCACCUCUUACAGCUCGUUUGCCUUCCACAAAGUGUCAGUCACCAUUUACAACAUCUCUAAUGCAAAAAAUAUUGACCCUGGCAAGUUCCCUAUGCACUACUGCUACUGUUUGAGUAAUGUGACAAAUGACUUGACAGAUUUUACAGCUCUACUUGUUGAUAUCAUUGGAAACUCCACCAGUUAUCUCACAGAAAUUUUCAAAUCCACUUCUAUUCUCUCAGUGCCUCAGAGCAAUGACUCUGAUUGUAUCUACAUCUGUGUGAUGGCAGGGCAGACAGGUAAAAAUCUAUCUGAUUUUUUGGAAAUACUAGAUAAGUCUCCUGUUCUUAAUUACACAUUUUCCAGUAACACAUCAUCUGACUUGGACCUAGAUUCAAUUUUCUCAAGUUUUGUGAAGUUGCAGGAAGACCCAAACAAGACCCUGGAUUCAUCAGCAGAAUAUGUGUGGACAUUUAAAUCUACCAGGAUCCCUCUGGCUCAGAAAGGAGGGGGAAUCCCCACCACGAAGUUCCCGCUGUGGCCAAGGACGGCUGGAGCCAAGGGCUCGUGGUUUCCAUCACCCCACGUGGAUGCUCCCAGGCCCCAGGGCAUGGCCAGACCCCCCCUGAGCCCUGGGGGGAGCUUGGCCCCAUCAGCAGCCCUGCAGCCCAGCCCCACUGACACGUCCAUGUUUUGGGUGCCGACAGAAGCCAGCAAACUGAUGCAAACAGAGCCAGAUUUGCCUUCCACAGUAUUGUCUCUGCCACCUUCCUACAGACCUGGUGUGACACUGAAACUUUACUCAGCUACCAGGUGCCCCCAGGCGAUGCUCAGAGAGCCCCGUGUCACCUCCCCUCCUGUCACCCUCGUAGUGCAGAAGAUCAACCCCUGUGUGAUGGAGCUCUGCAGGUUCUUUCAGCUGUGCCUCUGUGUUGGUCAGAGAAGAUAUUCCAGAAAGGAAGCCAUGAGAUACUGUGUUGAAUACUAUUCCUGGUUUGUGAAAAAUGCAAGUUAUGUCUGUGAAAGAGCCAAAAGAGUUGCUUACUCCCACACAUUAAAGCAAAAAUGCCUUAAAAACAUCUGUACAUCAGUUUAG